AUGUAUCUUCCAUCUACUCAUACCUCUCCUUUGAUUGCACAAGCACUAAAUGAUAUAAUUAUUAGUUGGAGAAUUGAUAAAAAGGUUAUGUCUAUCACCACAGACAAUGGGCCUAAUAUGGUUGCAGCAUUUAAAAUAGCUAAAACUAAUGAUAAAUACUUGCAUGCUAUUGGAGAUGUACCAACAAGAUGGAGUAAUUAUAAUCGUCUUAAUAAAAUACUUCUUGAAGAAGAUGAGUGGGAUUUUAUGCUGGAAAUGAUUAACAUAUUAGGACCAUUUUACAAAUCAACACUAAUAUUGGGAGCUAGCAAUUAUGUAACAAUUAGUUUGAUGUAUCCUGUGGUUGAAGCUUUAAAAGAAAAAUUCAAAGUAGAGACAAAUUACGAUGAAUAUUGUGAUGAACCAAUUCUUGAAUCAUCAGAAACUGUAUUUGAUGAAUAG